UUGAGACCGUUCCUGACCAUGCUCAGCCAUUCAUCCACCCUGUUACGGACACAGCUCCUGCUGGCCACUCUGGCCUUGUUGGCCGGUGUGUGCCUAGGCCGGUCAGAUGCGCCCCGUGGGGUCUCCCUGCCUUUUGUCUUCGACGUCAAAGCAGUAUGUGAUCCUCCCUGUAAACACGCUGGAAUCUGCAUCCGAAACAACACCUGCUUCUGCUCACAGGGAUAUGAGGGAGAGACCUGCCAGUAUGCAAACUGCUACCCGAAGUGUAAAAACGGAGGUGAAUGUCUUCGACCUGGGAAAUGCAGAUGUCCUCCAGGAUUUGGGGGAAGAUACUGCCACAAAGUGAUGUGUGAUGGCGGCUGCUGGAAUGGUGGGGACUGCAUUGCUGUGAAUGGAGAAGCCAAGUGCAUCUGUCCAUCCAGCUGGACUGGCUCCAGAUGUCAGGAGGCAAUCUGUCCACAGGGCUGCAGGAAUGGGGGCAGCUGUGUGGCUCCGGGAAUCUGCAGCUGCCCAGAGGGAUGGCUAGGGGGAGCCUGUCACACAGCCGUGUGCAAGAAGCCGUGUCUGAAUGGGGGGAAGUGUGUGUCUCCUGACACCUGUCGCUGUCGUGCUCCAUUCUCCGGCCCCCAGUGUGAGGAGAGGAAAAAGCUCUUCUAACCUCAGCACAGUCAUUCACACACCAGGACUCAAGCCUCUUCGAAAUGGUGCUAUUAGAUUGUGCUUGUUCAUUAGACUAUGUGACUGAUGUUUUGCUUAUGUGUUUACAUUUACUGGACUUAUUACAAAAUACGCUGUGUAAUUGAUUAUUUCUUGUACUUCAUGGUAACUAAAAAACUGUGAGACUGUGAGUGUGUGUGUGAGAAGGUUCAUUUGGAGGUGUAUCGACCAAUUUUAAUGUGCUAUAUCAUUACUGUCAGAAUAAAACCUCCAAAAAAGGUGGACCUGAACAACCUCCUUCAAUUGUCAUGGUAGUCAACAGUUAUUCCAAGGCAUUUUGGACCAUUUCUACUGGACUGUUCAUCAUUAAAUUUUGACACAAUAUAAAGGGCACCUGGCAAUUUCAGAUUAUGUCAAAAUAACAAAAAAUGGAGAUACAUUUUAUCCUGACAGUAACGAUAAAAGAUAUACAUGUAAUAUAAUCAACAGUGUCUAUUGUUGUUUUUGUACUUUAUUCUAUUUUAGUAAGCAUCAACUUAAUUCCUGAUAUAGGAGUUUAUAUAUACUGAUACAGGAGUUACAUAUACAUAUACCCAGUGUCAACAGUAUAUUUUGAAACCAAUAAAAACAUUAAUUUACAGAC